AUGGCUACCCCAGAUAUUGGCAAGCUAGACCUGUCAGACUCAGAUAACGAGGACCUUUUCGCAUCCCCCUCCAAACCCUCAAAAUCAAAUCUAAAAGCCCCCAACAAAAAUGCGGAUAGCAGUGCGCCGGCGCAACGAAGUGGAGGGUCAAAAUAUGAUGCUGAAGUAUCAAGGGAGGCGGCUCUACAGAAAGAACUAGAAGGCGUACGCAAUAUCAAUGAGCUUAUAGAAGGAGUACUGGGUAGCCUGGAUCUUGCGAAAGGGAACAUGGAUACAGUUUCACAGACAGUCACAUCGGCUUCAACGCUACUCAACACAUGGAUUCAGAUAUUAUCCCAAACAGAACAUAAUCAAAGAUUGAUCUUGAAUCCAAAUUGGCGGGGUGCAAGUCAGGAUAUUGCGGAUGUGGAAAAUGAGCAGGUAUUGAAAGCUCAAGCUGCUGAACGUCGGGUGGCAGAAGAAGAACGAAGAAGAGAAACCGCGAGGCAAAGGGCGGAGGAUGAAGAACGGCAAAGACAAGCUGGCACACCAGCGCGUGGCACCAGGGGAGGGAGAGUUAGAGCUAGAGGAGGCUUGUCAAGGACUGGAAGUGUUAGCUCGUCAGGAUAUGGUCGUGGAAGCUUGACUGGGACGGGCACAGGCACAGGCACAGGCACGGGCACGGGCACGGGCACGGGCAGAGGUGGGUCAGGCAUUGGACGAGGUAUUCCACGAGGGAGAGCACGAGGAGUACGAUGA